UUCCAGCAAGGUCGUGUGACGUAGUAGGAAGCGACGGAGGUAGAGGCUGGCUUCACACUGUGCAUGCUCGUGACCUCAAUGUCAGCUCUGCUCGCUCAGAGGGAUAUUCUUGGCCAUCGUCAUGCUAUGUGCAGCCUGGGUUCCCCUUCGAAUGGGGAUGGGAAUAGGACAAUCAUUCACCCGAAAUAUGGGGUCACUGACUACUAAAAUGGCAGAAUACAGAAAAAUGUGGAAGCCAAUUGAGCCCAAGGACUGGACUGUGCAAUAUCAAGAGAGACACAUCCCUUACACUAAAUGCCAGCUAGUACAUCAUUUGCUUCAGGAUUUUUACUCUAUUGAAUCUGAGAAGAACUCGUUUUUGUCAUUUGUGGAUCAGCUGGAGACUUCACUCCUUCAACCUUAUCACUCCAUCUUAGAGAAACUUCAGGCACUGUAUGAUCCUAUUAAUCCAGAUCGAGAUGCUUUGCUGGAAUCCAGUCUCACAGACUCAGAAAAACUAUCCAUAGAAAAAGAGCUCUUGGAGCAUAUGCAGCCAGUGCUGGAUCAGGCAAAUUUCAAUGUUUUGUCAGAGGAUGCUCUGGCUUAUGCCCUCAUAGUGCAUCAUCCUCAGGAUGGAGUACAGGUUCAUGUUAAUCUUGAUAAAUAUGAAUAUAUCAAAUACUGGGCCCUCGGACAGCGGUUGGGACCCCUAUCAAUGCAGUUGAUUACCAAGAACCAGGAUUCCAUCUUCUCUAGGUCUCCUCGCACCCCUCCAGAAAGGCGUUAUUUUAAACGUGUUUUAGUAGCAGCUCGUCCUAGGAAUUCUCAUAUGGUGCUUAAGUGCUUUAAGGACAUACCGCUUGAAGGCUUGGAACAGCUUCUCCCUGUGAUAAAAGUCCGCACAUCCAGCUUCGAUCGCACUUUGAUUAACACCAUGCUUGUGGUCAGCGGAUGUAUUGUCUUUGUCAAUGUGGGCAUGGUGGUGCUCACAGAUCUGAAGAUUGGCAUGUCCCUACUCUUAUUCUGUUUUGUUGGAUUUAUGACUUUCCGAACUUGGAAGGUCUUUUCUCAGCGGCGUAAAACUCAUUCACUGGAACUUGCCCACAUGCUAUAUUACAAAAGUACUUCUAACAAUGCUGAGCUGCUUGCGGCGCUCACAUUGAGGGCUCAAGAAGAGCAUGCAAAGGAGGUGAUCUUAGCACAAACCAUACUGAAGCACCUUAAUAGUCAUGAUAAUGAAGCAAAAAUGGAUCCUAGAACAGUUGAUCAAAUCAAAGAGAGGGCGGAGGCCUGGUUGCAAGCAAAAACAGGACUGGAAAUAUAUUUUCCUGCAGAACGAGCUCUCCAAAACCUUAAGCUGUUGAAUAAGACACAGUAGAAGGCGAUCAUCAACAUUACAAGAAAGCACAAAUGAGACAUUGUGUUUCAAGGAUUGUGGUCACAACUGUUGAAUACUGUUGAUCAAAAAGUUUAUUGCACUUAUUUUGUUGGAAUGAACCAUGCUGCUGCUGUUCUUGUGUGUUAAUCAUAAUGUAAACUUUAAGAAAUAUUUCUUAUGAUUGUUCGGUGACUGUCUCUUCUUCUGAUGCUUGUCCACAGGUCAAAGAACUCUUGAAAUAUGUAUAUAUCUGUUCUUGUGCUUAUGUUUAUGGUUGCCACUGUGCGUUUAUAUUUAUGUAGUAACUCCUUAUAAAAGAAAAAAUAUCCUUUGUGUAGCAACUGCUGUAAGGUAUUGAUGCAAAAACUUUAAAAAAUAUAUAUAUUUGAUGACCAUGAUGUUUGAUGCACAUUUGUUUGGUAAGUAUGGUGGUUCUCAAACCAUCAAGGCACCCCUACCAGUCCAGAAUUUUGGUAUUACCCAGUUGUGUCUAAGGUGUUGUUUUUACAACUGGGUAAUUCCAAAAUCCUGGACCUUCAGGGGUGCCUUGAGGAUUGUUUUGGCAACCACUGGGUUAGUAUCUCAAAAUAUUUAGUUUUUACAAUCACUACAGGCGUUUUAGAGUAAAACUCGGUCACGGUGCUGGGAACAAGGUGAGUAAUAUUUAUAUAACUCUAAUGUUGACACCACAAAGGAAGGUGGACAUAGGAAGGAAACCUAUAGGCCGAAAUAACUAUUAUUAUUUUUGGGACUAUAUGUUCCAUUUAAAGGGUGCUGUAAUAGUGAACUUUAUAUAAUUUGUUAAUUUGCUCUGAAUGUGUAGGAAAUUGAUAAAUCAUUCUUAUACAAAAUUCUGAAGAUUUCAGAUUCCUUUUGUAGGUAUCAAAAGGGGAAGGGUAGACACGCUCACCAUUAAGUAAAAGACACCGAUUUUUUGCAGAUAACGUACCUUAAUAAAAUGCAUUCACAGCAUAUCACAAAUUUAACCAGGUGUUGAAUGUUCCAAUAUAAUCUCACUGUACAUGUUUUGUCCUGGCAGGACUUGAGGGUACCCAAGUGUCUACUAAGAGGAAGUCCUGCUGUGAUGAAACGCGUAGGGUGAGGCUAUAUGGAACAUGCAAUACCUGGUUAAAUUUGUGUUAUGAUGUGAAUGUCUUUUUAUAAAUCUCCAUGCAAUAAGUUAGUGUCUUUUACUUAAAAAUGACGAACGUUUCUGGACUAUCAAUGUCUCCUGCUUUAUUUGUAGCUUUAUGGAGAGUCAUGAGUAUUUUUCCUACCCCGGCUGCAUAAAGGCAAUAUUUAACGGUUCUAUUUAUUUGUCGCUUGUUUGCUACAUAUCUAUUUUUAUGGAAUUGUGUAUGUAGUUGAUAACAGAUUAAUUUUUAAAAUACAGCACGUGGGUAAAUAGGUGCAUAACAAUGCAAGGCCUAUUUUGUAGUAAUGCUAUUCCAAUAUAUCUUUAUUCAUGGAUAUUCGUCUCAGAAUUGUUUGGAUGUGGUCCUUAAGCUCUGGGUAUGACAGCUGUUACCGGUCCUCCAGAAAUAUUCUCUGGCUGCGGAGAGUGUUUUGCUCCACCCACUCCGAUGAACCCAAGGGGUUCUACAUACAUAUUGCUAGUACCAUCUACUUUUGUGACGGAACUGCUCUCCUACAGAGUUAUUCACAAGAAUAAGAAUUUACAGUGAAUUUGAAAUUUAAGGUCUAAAUAGCUGAACUUGAAAAUUUCUUUAAUUCAGGUAUGCUUCCAGUUCAGCUACUUGGCCUUAAAAUGUAAAUUCAUUUUGAAUCCUCACUUUAGUGAAUAACCCUGUUAGUUACUAAGUUAUGUCUUGUCAUUAUAAAAUGUGGCUGUCCUCCUUUCUUCACAUGCACCAAGCCAACAUAGUUCGUGUAUGUGAUUGCCACUUAUAUGCCAUGAUUGGUUGGAAUUAACAGACCGAGAAUUUUUACUAUAUGCAUCGAGUUUAGAUUUCUAUGUUCUAUUUAUAUAUUUAAGCAACUGUUUGCAAUAGCAUGCUACAUAUAUUUUUUUAUAAUAUAUACUGUGCACUUGUUUUCAGUGUACCAUUU